ACACCGGGACAGAAUGCCACAGAUGUGAAGGACCCCCCCCCCCCCCCGGGCAUCCACAUGGCCUCCGAAAUCACUUACGCCGAAGUGAGGUUCAACAGCCACUCCAGGCCCCCCAACCCCAAAGCAGAUGCGCCACAAGCUCCCAAAGCAAAAGCCACUGCCCAGCCAAGCAGUCCGGGGGUUUCCACGCUGCUGUUUGCGUCGCUGGUGACAUUUUUCCUGCUAUUUGCAAUCUUAUUCUUGGUUUUAUUUAUCAUUUUUUUUCAGAAAUAUUCUCAGCUGCUUAAAGAACGCCAUGCUGCGACGGAGCUGACCCACACCCAGCUGGAGUGUGUAAAAAGUCCCGCGUCCAUGGGAGGAAAAGUCUGGAGCUGUUGCCCACAGAAGUGGAAGCAGUUUAAUUCCCACUGCUAUUUCAUGUCGAGUGGUAUAAAUUCUUGGGAGAAGAGCAAGGAAAUGUGCUCUGGUCUGCAGGCACAUCUGAUGGUGGUUAACAGCAAGGAAGAGCAGAGUUUUAUCAUCCAGCAUCUGAACGAUCAAUUCGCUUAUUACCUGGGCCUGUGGGACCCGAACCAUGAGAAUGACUGGCAGUGGGUGGAUCAGACGCCGUACAACCUCAGCGCCACAUUCUGGCGCCGAGGGGAACCCAGUGACCCAAAGGAAGCCUGUGUUGUGCUAAACAAUCCCCGAUUGACAGGAUGGGGCUGGAAUGAUAUCUACUGUAGUAGCCCUCAGAGCUCCAUUUGCGAGAUGGCGGCCAUCUAUCUCUGAUCGCCUCACUCAUGGCUCCUGGAUCAUCGUACUCGCGAGCGAAGCCCAUGCUGGUGUGUCGGUAUCCAUCAUUUCCAUUUUUGA